AAGUAAUCCGCUUUCAUUUUAAGACAAUAAACAAACAUGGUAACCUGCAAAAAUAAUUAGACUUAUGACGAAAAAUAAUUUAGUAGCGUUAUUUCAAUAUAGAGGAUUUUUAUCAAAUGCAUAUUGUUCCUCAUUUAAAAAAAUUAAGCUGGUCUCCAAGGUUUCAAAAAUGAAUUAUUCGUCAGGUGGCAGUGAUAACUCCCGUUUUAUCUCUUUAUUUAAUAAUAUUAACGUAAUUGCAACCGAUAACGCAGAUUUCUUUUGUGGAAAAACAAGUAAUCGAAAUGUAGAAUUUUGUGAAUCUUUUGACAGAAUUCUCAAUGUCUUGAAUCCUCUACAAAUAUCUUUAGAAGUUAUUACACGUUCUUGUGAUAAAUUUGAUAUUAGUCCUUCUUGCAAAGGGAAUGGGUACCGAAGUAUUGCAAAUGUUGUGGAGUCAUGUUUAAGUAAAGUGUUAGAGCUAAAUGAACAAAUAAAAAAUGAACGUGAAAAGUUUUUUUUCCGCUCAUACCACACAUAUAUGGAACUUAAUUCAUACUCUCAAGUAUUAAUGCGUCUUUUGUCAAUUGUUCAAUUUGCUAUUAUUCUAUUAGAAGAAAGUAAUUCUGGUUGCUUAUUUCCAAAAGAAGAAAAAAUUGAUGAAAAUGUAAUGGCUGAUUUUGAGAAAAUAAAUCGUGAAUGCUUUUAUGGACGAAGUUUUGGGUUUCAGUAUGUUGAAUCAUUAAAAAAGCCUUUGAGAUUUGUUGGAGUAGUUAUGGCAGCAUAUUCUGAUGGCUACAGUAGACACGACCAUUCUUUGUCUCGGGCUCUAUCAUCUGUUAUACACAGUGGAAAAUAUUAUAUAAAUCCUGAACUUCGGGCAAAACGUAUCACUGAGUUGACACAAAAAUCAAAUGUUUCAUUUUGUAAAGCAUUUUGGUCACUUACUGAAAACUAUGGUGUUCAACAUGCACCGUUACUACUUUGCCCAGCAAUGGCUGUCAAUACAGAGCUUUCAAUUCCUAAUGAUCCUAUUAAUAUUAAAACGCUUGAUAAUAAGACAAUUGAAAUUGUUCUUCCCUCUUUAAAUGGAAAGGUUGUUAAUGUGCGGGCACGUUUGUUGUCUUAUGUAUGGAGAGAAGGACAGGUUCAUGAAGUAAAUAAUAGUAAAUCAAUGCUUGGUGCUAAGCCUGCGCCACCUUCACGUUAUCUGAUGUUUCAUGCACAUGGUGGUGGCUUUGUUGCUCAAUCUUCAAAAUCUCAUGAGAUUUACCUUCGUUAUUGGGCAAAGACUCUUAAUAUUCCUAUACUUUCUAUAGACUAUUCAUUAUCUCCAGGAGCACCUUUUCCACAGGCAUUGAAUGAAAUCUACUUUGCUUAUGCUUGGGCUCUCGAGAAUCUAAGCAAGCUUGGAAGCACUGGGGAGAAAAUAGUAUUUGCUGGUGAUUCUGCGGGUGCAAAUUUGGUUACAGCUGUUGCUCUCAAAGUAAUAGAAGGAAACUUUCGUUUACCAGAUUCUAUUGUAUUAGCUUACCCUCCAAUGAGGCUUCAGUACUUACCAUCACCAUCACGUAUUUUAAGUUUAAUGGACCCUCUAUUACCAAUUGGUGUUUUAAAGACUUGUAUUAGUGCUUAUACUGGAGAUGUUAUUAAAGAUUCUUAUGAACUAGUAAACUCUAGUUUCUAUGGAGAAACCUUUAAUCCUUAUGAUUUAGAUAUUGGUGAUUCUCUUGAUGAGUGUGAUAUGAGUUAUAGACGAGCUUUCUCCGAAAAUGACAUGGCCAAAUUAAAACAUUCAAAUAAAAAUGAUUUCGAUGAUAAUGAGCGUUUCUAUAGUGAUUUCUCUUAUUCAGACAGUUCUUCAACAUCAAAUGAUUUUAGUUUGGUAAAUGACUUUUCAUUAUCAGACAGUUCAAUUGACGAAAACAAGGCGCCAUCUUUGCUACGUUCCUUUACAUCGAGUUUUUCAAGCAGAGUUAAACUUAUGACACUCAACAUGACUACAUAUCUCUAUGGAGCGGACAGUGUAGAAUCUAAUGCUAAUAAAUCUGAUUGUUCAACAAAUUCUCUCAAUAUAUCGAAAGGUAAAAGAAAAAGUUAUGAAUUUCAAGCAUCAUUCAAAAAUGAAUUAUUCAAUGUGCAAAAAAAUUUACAAGACUCUUCUAUAAAAGAGCUACCACUUGAAUCUAUGAAAUUCGCAAAGAGUUUUAGUAUUUGUAAAGAAUGCCUUCAUCGCUCUGAAAAUUGCAUUUGUCUGUGUCUCAUUCCAAAAGUUCGUCUUAAAAAAACUGAUAAAUAUCGUUCAUCUUGCCAUUACAGAAAUCGCUCAUUGAGCUGUUGUAAUGAAAAAAUUAUAAAUCCUAAAAUAAAUAAUCUAUCGCAUAGUGCAUCUUCAUUGUUGGAAGAAAAGAUUUUUGACAAUGAUGACAAUGCAGAACUAUUGUCUCAAAGUGAAAAUUCUUGUGGACUUGAAAUGCGUCCAUGCGACACUUCCAGUAAUAAUAUACAAUCAAACUUGGGUUAUUUAAAAAAUUCUCCAGUACCAAAUGUACACUCAUCUUUCAUGAGUGCUACCAGUGCCUCAUUUGAGUUAGGAAAAAAUCCAUACUUAUCUCCAUAUUUAGCAAGUGAUAGCUUACUUAAAAAGUUGCCCCCAGUUACUAUUGUGGCAUCUGCGUUGGAUCCAUUGUUUGAUGACUCUGUUGAGUUUGUUCGAAAAAUGAAGUCAUUGAAUAAGUCAGCUGAACUUUGUAUAGUUGAUAAACUUCCUCAUGGAUUUUUAAAUUUCCAAGCUUUUAGUAACGAAGCAAAAGAAGCGUCUGAUAUGAUUAUAAAUUGUGUAAAGAAGUCAUUGAAUAUGGGGAUCCGAGUUAAUGAUUCAUCUAUGAAUUUAAAAUUUGAUGAAAAACAAUAGUAUACUCAAAUUUCAAAAUUAUUGAAAUAGACAAACUAAAAAAUA